AGAAGAGCCGAGAUCCUGAAUCCGUCAACAUGUUCAACUUCAGACAGCUCGAGGAGGACCCUUUCUUCGCCGACCCCUUCCGGCUGCAUCAUGAGCGUAUGCGGCAGAUGAUGGGGGGGUUUUCUGACCCCUUCGCCCAGAGCUUCAUGCCCAGCAUCACAGAUGUCCACCAGCGGGGUCACAGACAUCCUAACACCGGCCAACACCAGCGCAGUGACCGAGAGCUGGACUUCUUUGCCAGUCCUUUCUCUAUGAUGGAAAGCAUGAGGAACCGGAUGGAGGCGAUGCAUGGACAUACUGAGAACAUGUCAUCUCCAGACUCCAGCAGCCACUCCUUCUCCUCCUCCUCUGUCAUGACCUACUCGAAAGUAGGAGACGAGCCGGCAAAAGUGUUCGCAGCCUCGUCUCAGACGCGCCGUGCUCCUGGAGGAAUAAAAGAGACCAAGAAGUCUCUGCGGGACUCUGAGAGUGGGCUCCAGAAGAUGUCCAUCGGCCAUCACAUCCAGGACCGAGGACACGUCAUCGAGAGGAAGGAGAACAGAAAGACUGGAGAGAAAGAGUUCAACCAGGACUUCCAGAACAUGGACGAGACCGAGGCGCAGGCCUUUGAUCAGGAAUGGCAGCAGGAGGUGUCCAGAUUCCAGGUUUCUGCACCCACGGCCAGUCUGGAGGCACCGAAACACAGAACUGUGCACCGAGCGGCCAUCACAGCACCACAGCACACACACAGAGACACCAGAGCAGCUGAAGGAAAUCAAAAGCUCCACAUUACAGGCUCCAGCGUGAAGAAGCACUGAAGCUCAUUCAGAAUAAACCACUGCUGACUCUUACUGCAGCGUCCUCAUCAUCUGACAGUGACCUUCUCAUGGCAAACUCCAGCAGUGCAUCGCCAGCAGAAACACUUUUCCGUUCAGGUUUAUUUCAUUCGGAGAGUUAGUCCUACGUAGCUACACCUUUUUUUAACACUGAGCUAUAAAUAUUUGUCUACACUGUGCAGUUUGUGCUUUUCUUUUCAAACCAUAAUAGUGUUAUCCAUCAUCAGUGCACUGUCACUUUAAUCACUAGAGGACUCUGUUGAUGUGCUGCGUCUGAAUCUGAUCAUCUCAUCUUAACCUGUACGCUGGAAAACAAGCUUCUCAAACCCAAAACCAGCAUUAUAUAAGGGAUAGUUCACCCAUAAAUGAACAUUGCCUGUUAAUUUGACUUUUUUUUUUCUUCAGUAGGACAUUAAAGACGUCAUUACAGCCACCGGACUACAAUCAGACUACAUUUACACAUGUGCCCAGAGCUGUUUGACCAGGCUGAUAAAUGAUAUAAAGCUAAUAAUGUUGUAAAUAAUCUUCAAUUUCUUACAUGGACUGAUCGUUUGGCUUGACGAGACCCCAGUGUGUCAUCAGUAGCAACAUCUAUUGGUUUGGACUCUGUAUGUGUUUAUAUUUAAUCUGAUAUAAAACCUGUCACCAUUCACUGCCAUUAUAUGAAGCACCAAGAGCCAUGGAUCCAGCUCAAAAUCUGCGUUAAAUCUGUGUUAAAGACUUCUGCAUCAUAAAAACACCAUCAUAUGUGUGCAGAUAUUCAGAAACAUGCUAAGAACAUUCUUGUUUAUCUGAAAAACAAUGCUGAAGUCAGAUAUUCUGCUUUGAACAUGUGAGUUACGUGCUGGAACGUCUGUCUUUGUUUUGGUCUCUUUAACCCGCCCAAUGCCAGUUCAGCCAAUUAUAUUUCAGCACCCCGGGUUGCCAGAUGGUGGAAAACCACGUACUUCAUUCAUUCAUUCAGAAAGGCUCUGAAAGCAUUCGUCUUUGACCGAAAUGCGACCUCCGGUGGACAGUAGCAGACUCUGAAAUGAGACGCAGAUUCAGAGUUCCACAUGAGCUGGUUAUUAAUUAGCAAAUAAUAUAAAUAAUACCAACGUAAACAUUAGGUGAGCAGGUUACACUGUAAUCCCAUGUCCUAACAACUUGGUAUUUGACUAGAUACGCAGUGAUGCACCAGACAAAACAGCCAUUCAGAAGCACAGAAUAGUGCACUCACUGCACUUCAGCGAAAUGGUAAGGUUUAUAACCUAAUGAAUACAUAUUAAACCUGUUUAACAUGAUUAAAUGUAGAUGCUGAAUCACUGAUGUGUUGGCUUGCACUAUUUCGCAGUUCUAAAGUUCAAUUUCAAGCGGUUUAUUUUAUUUUCCAGAUCUGAGGUGAACUUUCUGCUGCUGCUUUCAGUAGUACGGCAAUAAAUGUCAUGUAAAAUGGCAUUCAGACUCACAUUAUUAGCAUUUAACACUGAAUAAAGCACAUGAGCUGUACCUGAGCUGAUCAUUGUCAGUUUUCUGUUGUUCAGCUGUGAGAAAUAGAAGCUGUUUCUAAUAUAUCAAUUUGAGCUGUAAAGUCACGUCAAGUAAAGUCAAAAGCUCCUUUUAAUAUGAAAAUAUUCCUACUAUCGCGUGCCAUUGCUUUUAUUUACAACACAACUUAAAUCAGUCUUAAAUCAGCCUUUAGGCUCGACAGUCAGGCUCACUGCUGUUGGUGUCGUCAAUCUGGCAACCUUGCAUUUGUUUUGAUCCAGGAGUGCAAUACCUAGUUGAACCACUAGGUGCAAUACCUAGUUGAACCACUAGGUGGCAAACCUAAAGGCUCGACAGUCAGGCUCACUGCUGUUGGUGUCGUCAAUCUGGCAACCUUGCAUUUGUUUUGAUCCAGGAGUGCAAUACCUAGUUGAACCACUAGGUGCAAUACCUAGUUGAACCACUAGGUGGCAAACCUAAAGGCUCGACAGUCAGGCUCACUGCUGUUGGUGUCGUCAAUCUGGCAACCUUGCAUUUGUUUUGAUCCAGGAGUGCAAUACCUAGUUGAACCACUAGGUGCAAUACCUAGUUGAACCACUAGGUGCAAUACCUAGUUGAACCACUAGGUGGCAAACCUAAAGGCUCGACAGUCAGGCUCACUGCUGUUGGUGUCGUCAAUCUGGCAACCUUGCAUUUGUUUUGAUCCAGGAGUGCAAUACCUAGUUGAACCACUAGGUGCAAUACCUAGUUAUACCACUAGGUGGCAAACCUAAAGGCUCGACAGUCAGGGUCACUGCUGUUGGUGACGACAAUCUGGCAACCUUGCAUUUGUUUUGAUCCAGGAGUGCAAUACCUAGUUGAACCACUAGGUGGCAAACUUACAUACUGCACCUUUAAUGUUCUACUAAAAUAAAGUCACCUACAUCUCGGUUGACCUGUGAAUGAGUAAAUUGACAGGACAUUUUCAUUUUUGGGUGAACUAUCCCUUUAAACCGUCCAUUCUCCAAACACAAUACUAUCAAGUCUGUUUCACUAUUAUUGUUUUUUUUAAAUACCAGUCUUUCUUUAAAUUGUGUCUGCAAAUAUGUGAGAAAUAAAGCUGGAGGAGAGUUGCCAUGUCUAUAAAGCAGAUAUCUGACAGGUGCUGGAACCGGAGUCAUGAACAGGACCAUAUCCAGGAGCCGCUGCUGUAAUGCACUUACUGAUGAUGUGAAUGUGUGUAUCCUGCAGUAAUCACCAUCAAACACCCUCAAAAACGCACUCUGUGAACAUGUGCAUGGAGGUAGACUGUUUUAUAAACGUUUCAGCGUUC